AUGGAGUAUGCGGCGCUGGGCUCCGUGGAGGCUACGGACGGCGGAAGGGCUGAGCCAUACCCCAGCUCGGAGGAACGGGAAGGCCGGGAACCGGAUGGGGUGCGCUUCGACCGCGAGAGGGCGCACCGUUUGUGGGAAGCGGUGUCUGGCGCGCAGCCGGUGGGGAGGGAAGAAGUGGAACACAUGAUCCAGAAGAACCAGUGUCUCUUCACCAACACCCAGUGUAAAGUUUGCUGCGCCUUGUUGAUUUCUGAGUCCCAGAAGCUGGCACAUUAUCAGAGCAAAAAGCAUGCCAACAAAGUGAAGAGAUACCUAGCAAUCCAUGGAAUGGAGACAUUAAAGGGGGAAACGAAGAGGCUAGACUCAGAUCAGAAGAGCAGCAGAAGCAAAGACAAGAACCAGUGCUGCCCCAUCUGUAACAUGACCUUUUCCUCCCCUGUUGUGGCCCAGUCGCACUACCUGGGGAAGACCCACGCAAAGAACUUAAAGCUGAAGCAGCAAUCCACUAAGGUGGAAGCUCUGUCGAAACGCCUUACAAAUCCUUUCCUUGUGGCCUCCACCUUAGCCUUGCACCAGAAUAGAGAGAUGAUAGACCCAGACAAGUUCUGCAGCCUCUGCCAUGCCACUUUCAACGACCCCACCAUGGCUCAACAACAUUAUGUGGGCAAGAAACACAGGAAACAGGAAACAAAGCUGAAACUCAUGGCACACUACGGGCGACUGGCAGACCCCGCUAUCACUGACUUAUCAGCUGGGAAGGGCUACCCCUGCAAGACAUGUAAGAUAGUGCUGAACUCCAUAGAACAGUACCAAGCUCACGUCAGCGGCUUCAAACACAAGAACCAGUCACCAAAAACAGUGGUAUCGCCCUUGAGCCAGAUUCCAGUGCAAAGGCAACCCAUUCCAAAAGACUCAAGCAUACUGGAAGAUUAAAAGUGUUUCUGUUCAGCCCCACGUGGGACCAGCCAUGAGCCAGCUUCCUGUGACUGUUGUCAGCCCUUGGCUCCCUCUUCCUCCUUUCUUACACCAGGAGAAUAUACAGGCCUAAGGCAGAAUUGGGCUGCAGAGAACUUCUGAUUAGUCCAGGCAAAUCCACUCC